GGAAUUCAGGAUGAGAGAUGAAAGGGAUGGGAACACAAUUCACGUAGGCCACUACGUGUCUAUGCAAGGCGUGUUACUUCUGUGGAUGGCGUCCACUGAUAUAGCACAAACAGACACACACUCCCUGCAAGGACAUAGACAAAACCAAGGACGAUUCCUGAAAGUCCGAAAAGGACAGGGCAUGAAUAAGUAGACCUCUACCUCUCUGUCUCUCUCCCCCGACCAGUGAGAUAUUUCGCAUUCAAAAUGGGCUCAUACGAACCAUCUCCCCGCCAAUUCUGGCUGCUGACAUACCCACGCACCGGGUCGAACCUCCUCGUCCGAAUUCUAGGGCUAGAUGCCCAGCCUUGUCUCCUGUCGGAUCAGGCACGUGGGCCCGGUUAUUUCUUCCUCCCUGUGAUGAGGUUAAUGCAGGACUUGGAUGUUCGCGAGAAAGACGUCAAGGAAUGGACGGAAGAUGCAAGAAGCCAAAUCAAGCAGUGCUACCAGGCCUGCUUCAAUGACAUGCAGGGAUACGUCGACGAAACUGUAUUGAAGAACCACUCCGUCUUUGUGAAAGAGCAUGUGAAUUUCCUCGUUGACCCGAUCGCUCGGGCAUCCCAGCUGCGCGGUACCAGCUUUGAUGAAACAGAAACUUCGUGGAUGGUGAACAUCCCUGAGACAAUCUACGGUUCGAAUCGAACGCGAUCCGCGCCGAAUGAGACCAUCCUUCCGGACGAAUUCCUGCGUAGAUGGUCACCCACUUUCCUCAUUCGUCACCCGGCAUUGGCAUUCCCAUCGCGCUAUCGAAUUUUUCUAGAUCUAGACGAAGCGGAGACGGGAAGGGGGCCGGGAUGGACGGAUAUGACGAUGCGGUGGACACGAACACUCUAUGACUGGUAUAGAGCGAAUAUACCCGGUGAUGAAUCGGUCAUCGAUGGCCAUGGUGAUGUUACCUGGCCUCUUAUUAUAGAUGCAGACGAUGUCAUGGCCAAGCCGGAGGUUGUUGUUCGAUUCUGCGAUAUCCUCGGCAUGGACCGGUCGAAGUUGCGGUUUACCUGGACGGCCGAAACAGAGGAGAAAAAGAGUCGGAUGGGAAAGUAUCCGAGCCGGUUUCUUUCGACGCUAAUAUCCUCCGAGGGGAUUGUAAGUGGAAAGACAUCGGAGAAUGUGGAUAUAGAUGUUGAGGCGAAGAAAUGGCGGGUGGAGUUUGGAGAUGAGGCAGGUGCAAAGCUUGAACAGGUGGUCCGGGCUGCCAUGCCGGAUUAUGAGUUUCUGAAGGCGAGACGAUUGAAGGUGUAGACUUCAUUUGACACAUUUAUAUAAAUAUUCAAUAAAUAAUAUGCAACCCUCGGAUCUGGCUCAACUACCUCCUGUGCGGUAAAACUACAAUGUCGACACACCGUCUCGAUAUCGUCCAUUCCAGGCCCAUAAUGCGUCGUUAGACUGGGAACAUCCAUGUUGACUUCUCCCCACAUGACGGGUUUCUCAGCGGCAUCAACAUCACCCGGCGGGUAAUGGCAGGCGGCACUGAUGGUGGCACUACAGUUGAGUGCGAGUGGCAUGGAGGCUGAUUUGAAUCUUCUCUGCAUGACGACGCAGAUUAUGAGAAUGAUGACGAGGAGUGGGACGAGGAGAACCUUCACCCCCA